ACUAUGUUCGCGAAACUGUUGUUUUGCCCUGCUUUUGGCAAUACCUACGUGCUGUAACGCCCGCCUGUGGAACUUACAAGAGGUUGACGAACGCGAUAAAUAACCUUCUACUAGCAGAACGUUCUACUACUGUUCUCUGCCUUAAAUGUUCUUACGUCGAGCGAUGUGACCUGAGCCCAGGCUCGUAGACUUUCGACUGUCGACCGCCAACGACGCGCUAGUACUUGUCCAAUAUGGUCAUUUGGGCUUGACGAGGCCAACGUCCUACGCAAGCUAAAGUUGUUAAGGCUCUGCUGCGGAGGGGCCGCUGACGGUGACUAUGAGCUAUGCCCCAAGCGUGGGGAGCAGCUCCUCCUCCAGAGCAAGGAAGCCAAGUAUUGGCAUCAAGGACGGGGAUGAGGACGGUCAGGGAGGUAACGAGCUGGACCCGGUGCACCGCUCCUCGGUGGAAAAUGCGGUGUUUGGGGUGCUGUUCACGCUCAGCAAGGAGAACAGCGAGACCCGCAUCGUGUACCGCUGGGUGCUGCUGAAGGUGCUGUUGGACGGUUGGCAGCUCUUCACCACCAUCAUCCAGCCAAUGAAGCAGGGAUGGGACAUCAACCAAAACGGACGGGUCUGGAAGGUUGUGAACGUCCUGAGCUUUGGAUGGCUUUCGGGCCUGGGUUACAGCGCCUACGUGGCAAUGUUGUACGGCAUGGUUGGCAUGCUGAUGGCCAACAUUGCGCUGUGCGUGUGGGUUGCCUGGUGUUUCAAGGAGCAGCGCUUUCCUGUGAUCUGGCCCAUCAAAGUACUGCGCCUCUUCACAAGCGUGUUCUUCCAGGCCCUGGAUGUGACGUCGCUGAAUCUGCUCCAGGUUGGCAUCAGCUGUCGGCUGAGCGGCCCCGGGCACCACUUGCACCUGGACCUCUUUCCCGACCGGAGCUGCUCCGAAAUGCCGCACGUAAUUCACGCGAUUGUGUCGGGGCUCAGCCUCGUGGUGUUCAUCCUCCUGGCUCUCCUAACGAACAUGGCGGAGGUGGAGGUCAACCCCACCAGUCGUCGACCCAUGGCGCUAGGUCACAGCGGAGCUGAGGUGUUUACCUUUGCUGUCAAGGCGCUGAUGACCCUGGUGGACGUCUUCAUCGGCUGGCGGCGGGUGUCGGCGGUCUGCUACUUGUUGCUGGCGCUGCUGCUGACCUGGCAGUACCUGAGAUGGAGCCCCAACCUGGUUCAGUGGAUGAACUACCUGAAGACCGGCGUGUCGGCAGCUAUCACUUGGUGCGCCGCCAUCCUCACGCUGCUGGUGUUCAACCCGGGAAUGAAGGAGAAGGACAAGCCGGAGUGGGCGCAUGCCAUGACGCUGCUCAUGUUGGUUGGUCUGGCGCCCGCGUUCGGAGUAGGCGCGUUGGCGUCAUGGUGGUACCUGCGGCGCAUGACGGCGGCGGCACGGAAGGCCUUAAAGGAGGUGGUGGCCACGAACCCGCUCUUCAAGGACAUUGACAUGUUUGAAAGUCCGCGAGACGUGGAGAUCGCUGCCAGGUGCUGCCGUGUUUGGGUGGACCGUAACGUGCUGGACAAGGAUGCGUUGGCAAUGGCGCAGAACUUUAUCAAGGCUGGUCGUGCCCAGUUCCCGAACGACGCCUUUGUUGCCCUGGUGCAAGCAAACUUCAUGAUUGACGCCCUGGGUGUGAAUCAGAGCGGCAGCCGACAAGUGGAGGCCGCUCGGAAGUUGGGUCCCGGCCCCAUGAGUCGUUUCAUCAUCUUUGUGCGGCAGCAGCAAGCCACGCAGAAGGCAGCUGGCAACACGGUGGCAGGGGGACAGGGCUCGGCCAUGGAUCUCCUGGGCUACGUGGAGUAUCAGCGCAAGCAGCGCAUGGUCGUUCGACUUCACCGUGAGGCACUGCAGGCGAUGUGCAACUUCUGGCGUGCUCUGGACACAUCCCGGGUGUCCUUCACGACGCUCAGUCGCACCCUUGCAGACAUUGACAGCAGCGUUUCCCAGGCUCAGGAGGCCUAUCGUGUCGUACUUGAGACGUACGGCAACAGCCCUCGGCUAGUCCGGCUGUACGGCAAGUUCCUUGAGACGGUUAAGAACGACCCGUGGGGCGCCGCCAACUACUUUGCUGAGGCAGAUCGCCUGGAGCAGGUCAAGGAGGACGAUGGCAACGGACCGCUGCUGCCGGACGGCACCCCACUGAGCCGCAUGGAUGACCUGGCAACCGCCGUACUGGUGACGGCAUCUUCUGGUGAGAUCCAGAUGGCCAACAAGCAGGCCCACGUGUUGUUCGGCUACAAGAAGGGCGACCUGGACGGGAAGCCCCUGUCCGCGCUGCUCGCGCCUCACACCAACCACCGCCUAACCGAAUGCCUGGCCGGGCUGGUCGCGGAACGAAGCAAGGAGGUCCUUAGCGUGGGUUCCGUGACGGCCACCGGCCCGGAAACAGCCAUCAGCCAGGUGUCUGCUACCGCUGAUGUGUUGGGCAUGCACCGAGAGCGCAUGGUGUUUGACCUGCGGAUCAGCAUCAGCAGGGCCUCGGGUGUGGGUGAGGACAGCACAUUCAUCGCGUUGCUGGAGCCGGUUCCCGUUGCGAAGAACAUGGCGAGGCUGUGGGUGGCGCCGAAUGGAGUGGUGGCCGCCUGCGAUCCCAACUUUGUGGCGUACUUUGGCUUCUCCGCAUCCGACGUUCUGGGAGCCCACCUGGGCAGCUUGAUGUCGUGUAACGGCCCCAUGCAAAAGUCGGCUGACUCGCCCACUGUUGCGGGCGGCAAGGAGGAGAAGGGCAAGAGCGACCCGGGCCUGUGGGACACGGAGGCGGUGUCGGAGGUGGGCAGCGACGAUAUGGCGACAGUAAACAUGCUGGACAGGCUCCUGGCGCAAUCCGGUUUUGGCGGCAGUAGCUCUCCCUGCCUGGUCACGCACCGCCACAUCGGACCCUUGCCCUUCCACGCCUUGGCAAAACCACUGGGCGAACUGCCGGCAUCUCCCCUGUACGAAAUCCGGCUGCGUCCGCAAUCCCCCGAGCCCCUUCUCGUCAUGGUAGUUGAUCGCAAGGGCGCCAUCAAGUACGCAACCAACCAGCUGGCCAGCAUCCUCAGCCCCAAGGCCCAACGUCACAGCAUCUCCAUGCACGAGGGAGGUGGUGCGGAGGCUCAAAGCGCGGGCCACCGCGCCGGCGGGUUGCUCAAGGGCGGCGCAGGUCGCGGCAUUCUUGGCCCCGCCGCUGCCCUCAUGACCUCCUACACGCUCCAGGACUUCCUGCCCGCCCCCUGGAAGGACAUGCACACGAAGCUUCUGCAGGAGCCCGCGGCCCCUGCCAGUCGCGGGCUGAACGGGCGCUGGACGUGCAGGCAGGCGGGAGACGGGCCGGGUCCCACCCUGGAGCUGAGGUCCGCGCAUGGCAAGCCGCUGUACAUGCGCGUGUCGGUUAGCUCGGGGGACAAUGUGGCUCAGGAGCAUCACGUGGUGCGGCUGGCGUCUUCCUCGCUGGAGAAUGCGCUUUCGGAGCGGCGACUGAGGUUGAGCCUGGGGUCGGAUGGUUGCGUGACGGCUGUGAGCACGAGCACGCCUUCGCAGCUGUUUGGCUUUGAUGUCACUCAGCUCAUGGGCCGCCCCAUCUGGGAGCUGGUGGAGGGUCUUGACUCGGUGCUAGCCACGGUGGGCGACCGCCGGCCGGGCUCCUCGUACAGCAGCCGCUUUGGCAAGGAGGACGCGGUGGCCAUGAUGUCUUCGCUGCUGCACGGGGCUUCAGCUGCUGCCAUUGGAAGCUCCUGGCGCGUCACCGUCACGCCGCCCCUCCUCGUCACCGGCGCCACCCGCCUCUCCUCCGAGCUCCUCCUCGCCCAGCGAGCGACUCGCUCCCGACCCGCACUCAUGCAAAUGCACGUGCACCUAGCCGAGUUUAAUGGCGGCGGCGGCCUCAUCGUCGGCCCUGACGUGGACCCCUCCUCAGUCGCAUUGGUGGACCUCUGGCCCACACCCGCCGUCACUGGCGUGUUGGAGCUAGACGCGCAUGGGCGCAUUGCGAGUGUGCGUGAGGAGGUCACGCGACCCGCGGGUCUGUUGUUCGGCAUUCCUUCGGAGACGCUGCUGGGAGAGCAUCUGGCGGAUAUGCUGGCGCUGCCGCAGGGGAAGCAUGUGGCGGAUCUGUUGUCGGCUACUGGAACGAAGAGGAGCAGCUUGAAGAAGGGGCGCAAGGACCCGGGAGUCAAGAUCGGUCCCGUGCACGUUCUCUCCGCCGUGCAUGCGGACGGCCGACCGCUGCUCCUCGACGUCCAAGUGGUGGCUCGGCUGGGCUCGGGCCAGCCCGUGACGGCGCUGCUCCGCAUGCACUCGACGCCCCUCCACAUGGCGCCUCAGGGGGCAGCAAACGGCGCCUCGGCGCGUGCAGCAGCAGCUGCAGCCGCCGCCGCAGCUGUCGUUGUGCCGGUGUCCAUUCGGAACCAGCCAGCUCCCGUGGAGCAGUUCCAACCCAACUCGGGUGCGCUGCCGCGAACGGGGUCCAUGAAGUCUCCCUUUGCGAUUGCGGGCAACGGACCCACUGCUGCUGGUAGCGGGAGGUUCGCGGGUGCCAUGGGGAGCGGCAAGUUUGGGGCUGCGGCUGCCGGAAAGCUGUCGGGUGUGUUCAAGGAGGUCCCCGCGCUCCAGGAGGAGGUGAUUGAGGAGUCCCCCGAGGAAGAGCCCGAGACGCCGACACCCAAGCGUUCCAUUGGCGACAUUACCUCUCCGGAUAUGAGGUGCUCGGUUCGAGUCUCGGCUCCGUCAACACCCUCGCCGCCGCUGCCGCCGAAUACCCCUCCGCCACCGCCGGCGCUUGAUUUGGAGCUGCCGCUGCCGGGCGUCGUCACGAACGGCGCAACGGCUGCGGCAGAGCGGUUGGCCAGUUUGGUGGGAUCGCUGGCGGCGGACGUGCCUGGGAGUGAGCGAAUGCUUGGGAUGCCGUCACGGCAGCCGACGUCAUGCUUCGAUCCCUCCGUGGAAGCGGACAUUCGGGAGCUGCGUAUGGCUUCUGCGGCAGGUCUGAGCCCUCGCGAGCCGCAGCAGCAACCCAUGGUCCGGUCCGCGAGCAAGCUGAGGCCGCAGGGUGCCAAGCGGCGCGCGUCGCCGCCUCCGCAGGCGGCGGGUGCGGGCGCCGUGGUGCAAGAUGAUGAGGAUGAGGAUAAGGUGGUGCCGAUGGGAACCGAGGGAAGCGCCAGUAGCCGUGAGGGGCGGUCCAGUGACUCGGAGAAUGGCAUGGUGGUGGAGGUGAGCCCGCAGAGCCUGAGGAGGGUGUCUGAGUGGGUUCAGACCAAGGGAGCUGUCUUCCAAAACACCAAGGCGCCAGUGGAUCGGACUGGCUCCACGGGAGAGGACAUGGACGAGCCCAGCUUCAGUCGCAGCAACGGCCCGAGUCCCGCCAACGACCGACCGGCCUUUGCCUCUGUGGGAUCGGGACGGGAGGUGGCCGCGGUGGCUCCGCAGCAGGUUCAUAUCGGCCGGCUGGAGCCCAACCGCGGAAUCGAGCUGCGCACUGGGGACGAUGGAGACAGCGACGGAGGGCAGAGCGCCGUGUCAGGACAGUCCGGUAUGUCAGGCAUCAGCAGCGCGAGCGGGGCGGAGUUCAAGAGAGGCAAGCGCUUCCGGAAGCUGGUCAAGAUGAUGGAUUCCGGGCAGGCCGAGCAGGUGCUGCUGCGGUUGAGGCGGGGAGCGCUCAUGAUUAUGGCAGUGCUGGCCAUUGUGCACAUCAUCAGCUUCACGCUGGUCGUGGAUAGCAUCAAGAACCAACAAAACUCCAUGCUUCAGCUGUACACUGCGGGCCGCAUUCACCGAUACCUGAUGGAGAUGCUCAUUAACACAAGGUCUUUGGACCAAGCCCUGAAGAACAAGGCACCGCCCACACUAUAUACAAUCAAUGACACAGACACCUUUGCGGACAGAGUAUUCAACUAUGCAACAAUGGUCAAGGAACUGACCAACAGGGUUUCGGAGGACAACAAGAAUCAAGAACUGAUCAAAGAAGAAUUCUACUACACGUCUCUACGGGUGUGGGCGGGCGUGGAUGCGACCGGCAAGGACGUGUAUGGAAACUAUUCCUUAUGGGACACUGUGACACUGCUGUACGCUGCCAGCAAAGACGUCUAUCAGAACUACAAAGGCUGGGCAGCCGCGGGUGUGAACAUAUCGUCAACGCAGGCUGGACAAACACUGCUCAAGUCCGACAAUGACGUCUAUGUGGUGUAUCGAACGGUCUUGGAUACCUUGCUUGUCAUUGCAAAGGGCAACACCAACAAGGUGCAAUACCUGCAACUGGGAAUGCUGGCGGCGGAAGGCUGCAUGGUGUCCGUCAUGGCCGCCAUGUCGCUCACCUACCUCUUGCGGAAGCUGGAGGUGACAAGGUACCGACUGUACGGCAUUUUCCUGGCCAUCCCAGUAGGCCUUACGCGCGCCCUGUGUACCCACAUCACCAAUUCGCUGACGCUGGAGGAGGACGAGGACGACGAUGACGAUGAAGACGCACCCGCGCGUCAGGACCCCAACCCGCAAGACGAUGCCAACAGGCGGCGGCAUGCUACUCUGGGCCCCGAGCCCAUGCCAACCAAGGAAAGCGGCGACAACCCCCACUCCCUGGACGCUGACCCCUCCCGCAAGCUUGCCAGCAGCGCCUCCAUGAAGAAUGCGGAGCUGCUGGGUGGCGCGGACCGACAGGAUUCGGGGCGGCGUGGUGGCUGGCUGACCUCCUGUCUGUCGUGUCUGCCGGGGCUGUCACCCACCUCCGCCACAAACCGAGGCCGUUAUCGCCGCAGCAGCAUCCUGCCCUGGCUGGGUGCCGAGCAGCACACCGUGAUGCGCAGCGGCAACAGCACGAGCAAUGCAGCAAUCAAGUCCGCCCCGGUGGUGAAGCGCCACCUGACGCGGGAUGCGCGGGACACCGCCAAGAUGCUGCUGCCCUUUGUGGUGUGGUCGCUCAUGGUGGUCAUCAUCUACGCGGUUUCGGUAUCGAACCUCCAGAACGCAACUCCCCUGGUGGCCAUUGCGGAGGUCGCCAACUUCAACAACGCGCGAACGCUGCGUACCUGCUUCUACUCGCAAGAACUGGCGUCGGAGGAGGAUCCCUCCAAACUGAAAGCGCGAAGAGCGCUGGUUAAGUCAACGGCGCUGAAGCUACGGGACGCGUUCUACACACUGGAGCUCGGCGAUGACGCGUACAAGGCCCUUGGUGAGAACACGGAGAAGUUCCCCUUGGUAACCGCCGGUCUGGCCUACGAAACGCACGAGAUGACGGCACUCUUCUACAGCAACACCGGGUGCCUGCGGAUUGAAUCUCCCUGCCCGGGACCCGAGUACCGGUAUUACCAGAUCUCGCGCUCGGGUGUUGACAGCGUCAUGCAGGUCUACCUGAAGCACCUGUUUGCCUUUUCGGAGGACAACAGCACGGAGCCCCCCGGCCUCAACAACACGCACUUUGACUUCAUCUACAAUGUCGGAAUGCAUGAUCUUACGGACGCAAUCAUUGAGAUUGGUCUCAAACAGUUCGACUACAUCUCGGUGCUCUUUGGACGCGUCGUGCUUCUACAUAUUAUUCUCUUCAUCUUCCUCUUUUUCUGCCUGCUCGGAUUCACCGUCCUUCUCCUCAACCCAUUCAUCAAGCGGAUUAAGAAAGAGAAACGCCGCAUCGCGGAGCUGCUGAGUCAGCUGCCCAUGGAGCUGGAUGUGGAGAAGCUGGUGCAGCGGGCGCUCGGGGAGGCGGAGGCGGCGCUAAGCAACCCGGGCGGUGGAAUGGUCACCGCCACCGAGGCAUCUGCUCCUUCCAACACUAUGAAGGACAACCAAGGCUUUUCGGACGCCGCGAAGGUCUGGAAGACCAUCCUCAAGCAGGCCUCCAGCAGCGCCCUGAGCGCACGUCCCUCCCAAAGCGGCAGGAACUAAGUCAGAGCGGCGGUGCAGCAGAGGGUCUAAGCGGAAUGGGCCGUACAGCAUAAAAGCGCGACACCGAUACUGAAGGUGACAACGACGGUGCCGGCGGCGGUGAAGGCGGAAAAAAUUUUGAGAAAAAACAGUGCAUGUGCUUCAACGGGUAAACAGUAAAUUUGUGCAUGACGUAAUAUAUCGGCAUUUUUGCAGCGUGUAUCGCUCUGCGAUAAGAGUGGUUUUGGCGCGCUUAGUAUAUGUGCGGAUCCGGGCGCGAUUUAUGUGUUGCUGCUGCUGUUUCCCCGACACAUUCAGAAGGGCUUUCCUGUCUCCUGCUAAAUGUACUAAGCGAAGCGAAAAUAUUUUCACCCUUUAUCCUUACUCUUUGGGCCUUUUCCUGCCCAGACUUGCUCGAUCUGGGAAAUCGGCGCCUGCAUCGCGAGGGGGUUGUGCGCUCCCGGCUGGGAUUGUGGUUGCCUUUGGAAAUCGACGACACACGACGCGCUUGGUGAUGUUGUUGAUCCCAACUAAAUGCUCUGGGGAUGAAUGCCCUGUAUGCUGGACUUUGUCGCCGUGUGUGACCAUAGGUGAUACACAUUCGGUUAUUGAUCAGCCGCCGCUGUGAGCUGUUUGAAUGUGAGUGCGCUGCUGGGUGGCAAAAAAGGCUUCCUGGUGUGUGCAGCCCGGAUUGCGUUGUUUGUCGCUUAACCCAUCUAAUCUGUGUUCUGGUUUGACUUAAUGGGAGCGAUGAACAAGAAGCAAGACGCAGAUAUGCCAUCCUUACCAACAUGCUGUGCGCAGCAGAUCUGGACGGUGCCAUCUCCGGUUUCAAUAACACGCGACAAUUUCAUCCCAGAAAGACAGUCGCUGCGGGUAGUGUGGGUGUUGUGUUUUUGAUUCGUCGCGGCUCGCCGUGUGCUGCUAAGCCUUGUACGGCUUGUGUGCCGCUUCCUCAAGGUAUCGAGGUUCAUGCACUCUUUGCCAAAUCAUUUGCGCAUCUUAAUAGUCGUUCCGUUUCACGCCACCCCUACGCAAGUGUUUGUCCUGGGUUACCGCAGGGCAGACUUUGGCGCCCAUGGCGUGAGGAUGUCCACUUGGUGUGUGCCUGCAGUACACCGUUGCAGUCGAUGACUGUGGUGAAUUGUCCCGCAGCUGCCGUCGAGACUCGCCGCAAUUGCGCUUUUUUUCUUUAAGUGGUUUAGUUGGGACGUUAAGGAAUCCCAUGGAACAUAAUAACUCGGUUUUGGAUAUGGUUUGUGUGUGUGGGGUGUGAGUAGGCAUUGGACGGUUCUUUUGCUGGAUGGUCGAGUAAGAGGACGGGGUCCAUUGGUUUUAAGCCUUUUUCGUUACAGGAAUUGUUUUCACGAAGCCUUGUGAUAACAGCAACAUCGUCUUCAUUGUGCGUCGUCGUGAUAGCACAACUUCAUGAGACGGAUUCGAGCCUCACUAUAGUUGAGGAGCAAACUGAAUGCUUCGACGGCUCGCAAAUAAUAGUGUUCCACGAAGACAAGCAUCUUACCGAAGGGUUUAGUUCGGUUUUACAGGAAAAUGACAUGCGUGUGUUUGUCACUCCUGCAUGCGGGGCAUAUCAUGAGGUUAUCUCGUUGGGAUGUGUUCCCGUUUACACAAUACAUCCCGGGAUACCUUAAGGGCGUGUGUUAAGAAAACUGGCGUGUGUGUGUGUCGUAUCUGCUGGUCAUCUCAAGCACUGAGUUGUAACACUUCGCAAGGCGCCAAACUUGCUGAAUGGUUACGUAUAUCUCCCAACCUGUAACAUAACCAAUCUCA